CCUAGAAAUUCCUUCUUUAAGGUCAUAACUCAAUGCAAUCACAUUCAUUGUGUCAUUUUUUUUUUCAAUAUGGCAGGUACAAUUUCCUAAACUUAGGUCGAUGGAUCUCUCCCACAUGGACAAUUUAAGCAAAAUAUGGACUAACACUCCUCAAGAAACUCUUACUUUUGAUUGUUUAUGGAAAGUGGAGGUUCGGAAUUGUAAGGGCCUUGAAAAUUUGUUUCCGUAUUGGGUGGCUACAAGUUUAACCCACCUUGAAAAUCUUCAAGUGGAGUCUUGUGAAAUCGAGGAAAUAGUCGCUAAUGGGGGUGACACUCCACGCUCCAAUACUACUCAAGAUCUUUUCCCAAAACUAACCUCUUUGGUGUUACGUGACAUGCCACGACUCAAGAGUUUCUAUCCUAACUUGCCCACUUUGCAUUGGCCAUUAUUGAAGGAAUUACGAGUGACUCACUGUGACAAACUGAACAUGUUAUCCUUUACGGCAUCCAUGAACAGUUGGGCUCAAAAAUAUGAUCAACAAGACCUUUCAAAUCAAGAAGCACACUCUUCAUUCGAGAGGGACUUUCCCAACUUUGAGAGACUUUUAUUAGUCAAUAACAAUAUUCAGAUGAUACAAGAUGAAAAUUUUCCCGAUGACAUCUUUAGCAAACCAAUAGCACUAACACUGGCAUGCUUUCAUGAUGAAAAGGCCAUCUUUCCUUCCAUAUUCCUCUUAGAGAGAUUUCGAAAUCUACAAAGCCUUGAGGUAUUCUGUAGCUCCUUUGAAGAUAUAUUCCCGAACGAAGGGCUUGUUGAAGAGGGGAAACAUCCGGAGCUUGAAAAUUUAAGAGAAAUUAAGUUAAACAAGCUACACAAUCUUAAGCGUGUGUGGAGAGAAGACUCUUUAGUGUCAAAAAUUCUUCAAAGCAUCGAAACAUUGGAGAUUUGGGAUUGUCCCUGUUUGACGACAAUAUUUCCAACUGUGGCAUCCUUCCAGAAUCUGACAAAGUUAGUGGUGAAGAAUUCCUCUGGAUUGGUACAUCUAGUAACAGUUUCAACGGUCACAAAUUUGAUGCAUCUCAAUGACAUGACUAUAAUAGGAUGUGAAAGAAUGAAAGAAAUAGUGACCAAUGAUGAAAAUGGAGAAGGAAAAGUGAUUUCUUUUGGAAAUCUAUCCUAUUUGACACUCCAAGAUUUGCCAAGUCUAGAAUGCUUCUCCUCCAUCUCGAGUUGUACCUUCAAGUUCCCAUGUUUAUGGACUAUUAAAGUGGAAGAGUGUCAAAAAAUGAAGACCUUUUCUAAGGGUACGCUAAGCACACCACAACUAUGCUGA